AUGGUCACGGCAACUACGACGGCGAGGGCGACUCCGUCGGCGGCGGCGGCUGAGGCGGCGGCGGCUGAGGCGGCGGCGGCGGCUGAGCCGGGGGCGGCGGCGGCAGUACCUGGAGAAACGACCGGGAGCCGUGGCGCGGAACCGGCAGGAACGGCAGCGGCGGCGGCGGCGGCGAUGACGGUGGCGGUGGCGGCGCCGCCCGUUGAGGCGAGGGACGCGGCCGGGGGGGCGACGGCGGUUGCGGCGAGCUCUUCGAUGUUGGCUUCGACGGGGAGCUGGUCCGAGGCGCCGGACGACCUGGCGCUGACCAAGAAGUUCCGGGUCUCUCUCAUGUUCUACACCAAGGAGCUCAUGGCCAACGCGAGGCAGUACGGGGAGGCCGACAAGCUAGCUCUGUACGGGCUGUUCAAGCAGGCCAAGUGGGGCGAUUGCCCCGACGGGCUGGUAACGGCGCAGCGGGGGAAUCCCGUCGGGUCUGUCAAGGUCCGCGCCUGGGUGACCAAUCGCGGGAAGCCUACCGCUCAGGCCAUGCAGGAGUUCAUCGUCGUUCUCGGGAGGGUCUCUCCGGGAUGGGAGUCCAGGGUGGUCAUCUCCGGCAACAGCGACACCAGCAGCAACACCACCACCACCCCGUCGGGCCCGGCCCCCCCCUUGCUCAACACCCCCGGCGGUGGCGCAGGGGGCCACAGAACGCCCGGGCGUGGCCCCGUCGCAUCACUAUCGCCCUCCUGCCCCCCCCCCGGCUCCGGUGGCUCCGGUGGCGGCGGCGGCGGCGGCGGCGGCGGCGGCGGCGGCGGCGGGGGCCAUUUCGCCCGCAGGGGUAACGCCGCCUCCUCAGUGAUGUCGUCUCCUGACGGGCUCCCCACCCUUGUCGGCGGGGGGGGGCGGGGGGAAACCAAGGGGGGGGGAAGGAAUGACCCCCCCCCCCCGUGA